ACCUUUAAUGUCAUGAGUUACAGCUGGUAUUUUCACAGUAUUCCCUGUUCAUUUAGCAUGCGAGUUCAAGCAAGACUGGAGUGAGACAUUAUGAAAGAUAUGACACCCAAAGAAUUUAUGGGAGAAAUUAGUAACAGCAAAGAUGGUGGUGCAAGUAUGAUUCUCAGGAGAACCUGGCUUUUUAAAAUCUUUUUAAGCAGCGUUUCUCAGAUUUGACUGGCGAGUAGCAGUUUUAAAGUCCUGGUGACCAACGAGAUUAAAGUUUAUUUAAGAUAAUGGUUUUAAAUACCUGCCAGAAGGUGUGUUUAAGAUGGCUGCUUGUUGUAGAGCAGGGGUGUAAAUUUUGGACUUUAAACUGUAUUUUCAUACAUUUUAAAGCUUGUUCUACCGAUAAAGGCCACGGGGAGGCCAUUCAUACCUCGCCAAAGUAAUUAAGUAAUCUAUAAACAAUAAAAUGAGAGAAAAGUUCUUGUCUUUUCUUCUUCUUUACUAAAGCAGACUUUCUUUGACAUGUGUACACUCUGAGACAUACUGUCGAAAUUUCACUUCUUUGUCUUACAUUACGACAUCUCAGGAUUAAACGUGUGUAGUUAAACUUUACAUGGACAGAAAGCGAGGUAUCACUGGUCUGGCCCACUAAAGUCCAAAGUGGACUGACUGUACAUAGCCUGUGAUUUAAAUGGAGAGUGACAUCGCCACUCUAAAGAAACUUUAAACUGGAUUAGCAGCUUGAUAAAACAGCCAGUGUCUGUAGUACCUGAGCUCUGUGUGUGAAGGAGUUUUGGGGAAAAAUAGCAAAGUGCAAAUCAGGAUCUUUUUCUGCACUGAAAUAUGUUGACAGAUAAAUCAACGUAUAUUCUAUUCUUCUGCCUCUGAUCAACAAACAGGCUCUAAGUUGAAAGGCAGCCUUAAACAAGAAUAUUUUAAACUUUGCAUUGAAAAUGUUCUGUAACGAGUUCCCUCUGUGAGGGAACUGAAAGCACACUGAUAUAAAGGUUUUCGUUAUAGCUUGGCCUACAGCAUUGCCCAGAACAAGUCUUCUCCUCAGGAUACCUCCCAUAUACUUUAUGGCUUCUUAGGGGAAAAAAGCCAUAGAUGAAAGCUAAAAAUACUACUGUAUAUUUGGAAGAAAAAAGGGGAGUCUUGGGUGAGUGUGUGUGAUAACCCAGGCGGUUGGCCCUCUGUGUGUCCGACUGCCUCCCAUUCACUGAGGGUAAUUAGAAAAUCCUCAGGGCAGGAACUGCUCGGCUGUGUGUGUAUGUGCCAGAGCGCCACUGAGUGUGUUUAGCUUAUGCACAAGCAGGCUGAGGCCCAAUACUGUACCAGGCAAAGGUUUCCACCGGAUCGCUCUUGCAUAACUCAGUGAGUGAUAACACCGGUGCAUUCCUCUCAACACACAUCACCAGCUGCCAGCAUCUUUUCCUCAGUUUUUCCCAGUUCACAUUUUAAAUGCACUUGGUCUCAGAGCACCGGGUGAACAGGAGAGUGUGAGGUUCUAGAGGAGAUGUGAGUUACGGGGACACGUUUGCAGAUUCACCUCUCGGCCUGCUUUGAAGGAAAGGAGAGACUGGGUGGUCAUCCAGGCCAGAGAUUAUGCUCAUCCACAGGAUCACUGUGAAUCAAAAGAGCUCCUCCCACUUUCUAAUUAUGGAUCAAUAAUAAAUUACCCCAGCGACCUUCGCCAGAGCAAAGAGAUGUCAUCAAGGUGCUCCGUGGAUCCCUGCAGUUAUGGUCAGGAUGCAGCAGAGACCAGACUGGAGAAGAAGCGAGGCCAAGAAAAGGAGGAAACAGAAGUUCCCUGUGGAAGCAGCAGGCCUGCAGGAAGUCUGAGGAAGGAGGGACCAGGAAGAGAACAGACACUGCUGCCACAGACACAGACUUGGAAAGAGAGACAGACAUUUUCCCAAUCGUCUGUCAACCAGGAGAGCCAAAGUGGAGGUCCAUGUAUAAUGGCACAACCCGUCCAGAGGUCCAAGUUAAAGGAUUUGUCAGGCAGGCAGAUAGAGGAGCCGAGGGGGCCUGGGCCUUUUUACUUUUUUGGAGGAACCAACGGAGCUAAAAUAGUGAGCAAUUACUGUGAGAGCAGAGGAUGGAAGAGGAUUUACAACAAGGACAGGGAGGAUUUCAAUCUCAAGUGGUGCGAGACCAAAUCACCAGCCCAGUACUCCAACUUCAGAGAAGGCAGGCAGUUGAUGUACCAGAUUCCCAAUAACAAGGUGCUCACCACGAAGAUCGGUCUCCUCAGCAGUCUUCAACAGUACGAGCGAGUGAGCAGCAGAGUCAGCCAUGGUCAAGCACUUAGGAGGCUGAAAAUGGAAGAGUUCAUACCCACUACUUUGCGCAUGGAUGUGAGGGAAGAGAGAGAGGCUUUCUUUGCCCAACAGGAGGGUGUGAGCAACAGGGAGAGCCGCAUGUGGAUCUGUAAGCCUACAGGUAUGAACCAGGGAAGAGGGAUCUUCCUUUUGAAGAGCAAGGAGGACAUAGCUGCCUUCAGACUGAAGCUGAAGCACAUGGAGGACCGCCGGUUCAACAGGAAAAUGCAUUACCGCCAGCCUCAGGCUUACAUCGUUCAACAUUACAUCCAGAACCCGCUGCUGCUGAAAGGGAAAAAGUUUGACGUGCGUUCCUACCUUCUCAUCGCAUGCACUGCACCUUAUGUGGUCUUUUUCCGUCAUGGUUACGUGCGACUGACUUGUGACCUCUAUGACCCCACCUCCAAGAACCUUUCUGCCCACCUGACCAACCAGAUCAAGCUUUUUGUUUUGGCACAAACUUGCUACCUGCCUCUGCUCACAUCUUCGUGUGUCUCUGGUCCCCCUGCUGUUCGUUUCCAGUACAUGCAGAAGAAGAACCCUCUUUACAGCCAACUGAAGGAAGACACUGUGUGGUCCAUGGAGAGCUUCAACGCCUACGUCAACGACAGGUUUCAGGCUGCAAAGGAUCUGCCCAGGGACUGGGUGCUGGGCGCCUUUGCAAAGCGCAUGCAGCAGAUCAUGAGCCAGUGCUUCUUAGCAGUCAAGUCAAAGUUAGACUGCCGCCUGGGGUUCUUUGACUUGAUCGGCUGUGACUUCUUGGUCGAUGAAGACUUCAAAGUGUGGCUGCUGGAGAUGAACUGCAAUCCAGCUCUCCAUACGAACUGUGAGGUGCUAAAGGAGGUGAUACCCAGCGUGGUUGUGGAGACACUAGAUUUGACUCUGGAGAUCUUCAGGAAGAUUCGUGGCAGGCAGAAAAUAUUUCCUUUGGUCAGUCAGAGGGAGUUUGUGCUUCUCUAUAGUGCUUUUUCCACUACAGAGAAGUCUAGCAUGGAAUUGCAGAAAAACACCAAAGAUGCUCAGAAAACUGAACCCAGAAGGUUUAUGUGUGGAACAGAGGAAAAAAGUGUUCCCUCGGCACCCCCUGAUAAUUCUGCAAAUGAUUCAGCACUUCCAAAACGAAGGAGCAGGUCGAUGAGUGGCCACCGUCCCACCAGCACUUCACAAAAUCAUCGUGAGUCAGGGAAUUCACAUUAUACAGCUAAACUCAAGCUAAGCAAAAGUACUUUGAAUCAUCAUUUAAAGGCUGGAAAUGACCAUCACAUCCCCGUCAUCACUAGCUCUGAGUGAGUGAAGCUCUACCUGUCUGUGGCUCUCCUGGAACACCGUACCUUACAGUAUUGAACAUGUGGAACAAUUUAGGAUACGAAGAGUUUAGUGUAGAAAAGAAAAGAGGAACUGUGACAGUAUGCAGACAGCUGCGGUAUAAAAAGCCUUUGGUGCUUUUUAAAGAUUUUAAGAGAAAUACUCUGGAAAAUGCGUCA